CCUACACCAGCACUAGCAGACUAGUCUAGUUAGUAUUUCAUUGAGAUAGAGAAAUUUUGCUCCCCACCCAAAAAAUUCCAAAAUCAAAGCCCUCGAAAUUUAUCAUCAAGAUUGGAUUUUUUCUCCUUUCUUUCACAAAUCGGGAGGUUUGAGAUUAGAAAAUGGAGAUCUAGUCUACUUCGGUUCAAACUGUCCUCAAAGAUCAGCUCAAUUUUUGGAGGAAGGGAUCAUUUGUCUCCACCCCAAGAUAAAACCUGGAUUAGUUCUUUCUCCGCAACAUGGGUUGUUUCACAGUUCUGAAGAGCAAAAAGAAAAAGAUGGAGCAGAUCAAUUACUCCAUCAAAUCCAUCCAUUCUCAGGAACAUUCACCUACGACUUUGCCUGAACCGCAAAAGCAUACGAGGUCAUUGCAAUCUGCACCUCCAAGUUUCAGAACUAGAGUAAAACCUGUCCAAUCCAAUACCAAGCAAACCAACAGUAGGAUGCGAGCUUUAUCUGCCCCUUCAAGCCUUGUUGUGGCUGAAGAUACCCUGAUAUCAAAUGAAUGUGAAGAAGUAGAUGAAUCCAAGAGUCGCGUUGGAUCUAAGAAAGAAUACCAGCCAGCAAGUCCUCAACCUCUUCCUCUUCCGUCACCUCAGAUUGCUGUAGCUUUGAAAACUAUGGCAAGCUUUAAAGGGGGAAAUGCCAGUGGUCCUCUAAAUGCCUCUGGACCCUUGCCUUUGCCCCCAACUCCACCUCCAACAAUGUCCCCUUCAGGACCCCUAAGAAAUUUUUCGUACAAAGAAUUAGCUGUUGCUUGCCAUAAUUUCUCUCCUGAGUUAUGCAUGUCAGAAGGGCUUUCUUCAGUGAUCUACAGAGCCUCUUUUGGGGAAGAGGCUACUGCCUCCAAAAAGCUUGAAGCCACAAUCACCCGCCUUCACCCCUCUAAUCAGGGCUUAAAGGAAUUUGUCAAUGAGGUGAAUACUCUUACCUCUUUGCAACACCCCUAUCUUUGUAAGCUGCUUGGUUAUCAUGCGCGUGAAGGAUCAGAACACAGGAUGUUGGUUUAUGAAAGACUUUUCCAUGGAAGCUUGGACCGGCUUUUACAUGGGAGAUCAGAUGGUCCUCCGAUUGACUGGAAUGCCAGGAUGAAAGUUGCUUUAUGUGCUGCACAAGGUCUCACAUUCUUGCAUGAAGAAGGGCCUUUCCAGGCUAUGUUCCAUGAAUUUUCAACUGCCAAUGUACAGAUUGACAAGGAUUUUAGUGCAAAGUUGUCAGGAUAUGGGUGCAUUAGCCACAUCCCUGAGACAGACAUCUCAAGUAGUAAUUCAGCACUGGCAAAUCUUUCACUGGAGACACUAGAGAGGGGGCUGCUGACUCCUAAGAGCAACGUUUGGAGUUUUGGGAUUUUGCUGCUUGAAUUGCUUACAGGAAGAAAAAACCUCGACAGUCGUCGUCCAAAGGAGGAAAGAAACUUAGUAAAAUGGAGUAGGCCUUUCCUAGCUGAUGAUUGCAGACUCUCACUGAUCAUGGACCCUCAUCUCAAAGGUCGGUUCCCAUCCAAAGCUGUAAGGACUGUGGCUGAUAUUGCUCAAAAAUGUCUUCAGAAGGAUCCAUCUGUGAGGCCCACCAUGAGGAUUGUUGUGGAGCAUCUCAAGACUAUUCAAGAUAUGAAACAUACUUCUAGGUUUCCAUUGCAAGAGCCUGGGGCAGUUAGUGGAAAACACAUAUCUAGAUCACCUAGCCUUAAUGGAAUCGUUAUGCCGGUGCCCAGGUCAACUUCUUAUCCAUCUCCCCCAGCAACCAGGCCAUCAAUUUCGCUGACUACGCCAAUUGUGUUGCCUUCAUCUCUUCUUCCGCGAACUUGUUCCUCCGCUCUCUCCUUGGAUGAAGUUGAUCAGCAGGAACGCCAGAAGUCAUCAUCCUCAACUGUUCCAAGGUCCAGCGUGGAAGGAUUUUGAAUGUUAAUAGAGAGCAUUUUUUUUUUUCAUUUUUUAGGUAUAUGAGUAGUAGUUUACAAGAUAUAUAGAAGAUAAAAGAUGUGUCUGCUCUUCUUCCCGUUCCUCCAGAACAUGAGGUGGGGGGAUGAUUUUUUGUAGAUAAAAAAAUGUCUUGUUAUAAUGGCAUUCUCUUCCUUUGCGGUA